CCGUCCUUAAACCAACGAAGAAGAACGUGCACGCUGACUUUAACGUUUUCAACGGCCUAAAAAGCUUUUAGCUAAAAAAAAAAAAGAAAGAAAGAAAGAAAGAAAGCAAGUGAUUCCUUGACCUCUUCUAGAAGAUUCACAAGUUGACUGUUACAACUGGUAUCAGCUGUUCAACAGAAAAGUUUUAGGCUCAUUUAAAAUCAGCAUUGGCAGUGACCUUCUGAACUCGUGUGGGCGUGUUCGUGACUUUAAACGCUGUGGUGGAAGAAAGUUAGCAGUCUAAAAUUACAGCCUGUGUUUGCCAGCAUGUCGGACAGCGAGUCCAUCAAAAAAAUGUUGCGGUCUGUGCUCCAGUCCAGCAAGAGUGGCGUGUCUAUCAGUAGCCUCCAGUCAGAAUACAGAGGUCUGUGUGGAGAGUUCAUCCCGCUGAAGAAGCUGGGCUACUCUAAACUAGAGGACUACCUCAGAAGCAUCCCCUCUGUGGUCCGCCUGGAUUACUGCAUGGGUGAGAUUAAAUGCUUUGCUGCAGUGUGUCAAGAGACAGCCCACAUUGCUGAGUUGGUCGCCAGACAGAGGAGCUGUAAGAAAUCUGGCCGCUCCCAAGUGGUCAAUUGCAGGAUGAGGUUCAAACCCUCCAACCCAUACAUGCUCAAUGUGAGGCCAAGGUCUUCGCUCCGCCAACCCUCGUCUGCUGAUGCCUCUAACUGGAUAGCUAACUAUUCUCGGCCCCACAAAGUCAGCCACAGAGGCUGCAGUGCCUCAGGGGACUACAGGCAGUUGGACCCAAGGUUUAGCGCCAAUACCCCUGUUGUGCGUAGAGCACCCGCUUCUCAAACAGCUGUACAACAGUGUGCCUUACCUGAAAGGAAAAAGAUAAGCUUUUCAGACAACCACCAGAAGCCCAAAGAGAAGCCUCCUGAGGUGUUGAGGCCCAACCAAUCCCAGUCGAGUCUGUAUAAUGAAGAGUUGGUGCAGAGCAGAGUAAGUCAGCUCCUGCAGAAAUACAGCAGUGGACUGUGGUUGUCUAAACUGCCGGAGGUCUACAAUGAAACGUUCAGUGAGAAGCUCCACCCUCAGACACUCACAGAUGUCGAAAAGUGGACUGACAUCUGUGUGGUUGUGAAACCUUCCAGCACCAAUCAAACUGACUGCCUCAUCUACCCUCCUCUGGCUCCUAGCCCUUCUACUGUCCCUCAACACAACCCCACUCCUCCAACAUCAGCCACUGAUUCAGGCACCAUCACCAAACCCAUUCCAUCAUGUUCCUCAUCAACUGAGCAGCCUUCCACUCAUGCCCAUUCAUUCCACGUUCCUAAAACUACAGUUUCUCCCUUAGCUAAGCCCACCUUUAUUUUUCCCCCACAACCUGUCACUGCCUCUUCAGGUAAACUGUUGUCAUCGGUCACGCUGCGCAGUCCUGCCCUCAACCCAGCUCUUGCUCCCCAGCUUCCCACAUGUAUCAAUCUUGCAAUCAAUGCCAGUGGUGGAUGUAAAGAUACUUACAACUUGCCUACAGCUACGCUCAACCCCAAACAAAAUGCAACACCAGUGGCUCCCCCCCUCCAAAUUGGCUCUGACAUUUUGCCCCUUUUGAAGGUCACCUUCUCCCCUACGUCCGAUUCUGCCUCUUGCCCCCCCUCAAAAUCUUCCACUGUUGCCGUGUCAGCUGAGGUGCGUCAGAGAAUAAAGGAGCUUCUGUCAAAGAACAGUCAUGGUCUGUGGGCCCAUGCUUUGCCCAAACUCUUUAUGGACACUUACAAGGUGCCGUUCCCCGAGCAUAUUCUGGAUAACUUAUCCCUCUUGCUGGAUAUAUGCACUGUGGAGUACCCCAUACCACACAACAAAAAGAAGGCCAUCCUGUAUAUCUGCUACACAGCAGACAUGGAAGCCACAGACAGCCAGCAGUGCAGUCGCCAUCCCCUUCCUUCUGGUUUGGAGGUUGUGGGUGCUGUGAUGCCUCCUCCUCUGGUUGCUCCAUCAGAGCAGUACCCCUCUGUGCUGAUUACUGAUGCCAAGAGCAGCAAUACUGUUACCAUAAGGUAUGUAGGUGAGAGCUACUCCAAUGCCCAGGAGGCCAUGGAGGAAGCCAUGCACUCCUUCUACAGCCAAAGCUCUUCACACCACACUCGGUGUAACCCUGUGGUUGGUCAGCUUGUAGCAGUCAGAGGGGAGGACGGAGACGAGCUUGCCAGAGCUCAGGUCAUGGAGGUUAUGGGCUGUGACAAGGUCAAGGUAUACUAUUUAGACCAUGGCUUCUCUGUCGAAACCAGUGGGACUAAUCUUCUGGAGCUGCACCAGGACUUCUUGUCACUGCCAUUUCAGGCUACUAAUGUUAGACUUGCAGGUCUAGAGGCGUUUAGCUCCCAUCCGUUGGUGCUUUCCUCCUUGGACAAGUUGGCAGUUGGAAAGAUCCUGCUGAUGGAGGCAUUAGAGCCGUGUCAGCAGGGAGAGAUGCCUGUGGUAGUGCUGUAUGACACUUCUCAGGAUGACGACGUCAACAUCAACUCCACCUGCCUGAAGGCUCUGCAAGACAAGACCAUGAACAACCCUCUGACUGUAAAGAAUGGCGCUAACUACAUGUAUAGUGUGAUGCAUGUGAAUGCCACCUAUCAGGACGUGUGUGUAACAGAUGUGUGUGCAGAUGGUAUCAUCCACUGUCAGCUGCCCUCCAGAGGAGCCGCAAGACUGAGCAAGUUGUUGGAGGAAACAGAGGCAAUCUUCGCCUGCCAGGUGACUACUGAGUCCCUGGUGUCUAGACCCUUCAGUGGCAAGGUCUGUCUAGCCCGCUUAAAGGGAAAGUGGUCUAGAGUGGAGAUCACCACCAUGUACGGCAACAGAGUGAUGGAGAUCCUCUUCAUUGACUGGGGUGUUCCAGCAACUGUAGAGGUCACAGCUCUCAGAGAGUUCCCCCUGCUUCUCCUCCAGAAAUUUGUCAUCAUCCCACCACAGGCUACCAAAUGUCGCCUGGCUGACCUUGAUGUUCCACAGGGAGACUGGAGCCCAGAGGCUGUUCUGUGGGUAAAGGAGGUUGUCCUGCGCUCUGAAGACUGUAAAAUGAAGAUCUUGAAAUUGGAGCAGCACAAAGGGGACUGUCUGGUCUAUAUGUACCUGUUCAUCGGCACUGACAGUCAGCAGCUGGACAAGAGCAUCAACUAUCAGCUGGCUCAGUCAGAGCUGUGGCAAAAACUCACAACACGGAGCAACAACAACACAAUCCCCAGCAGUAACAGCAGCAUGGAUACAGCUCACACUGCUCUGGUGGAAAGGUUGACUCUUGGCAGCCUGUCUGGGCAACCUGCUGACAGAGCAGGAAACUCACCUCUACCAGACACGACCACCAAAACAUCAAUGCAGCCACUUCCGCUGCCUCCCCUGCUUGAGCUCCCCCAGCCCGGUCAGAACAUGGAUGUCUUCGUGCCAGUGGCCUGCCACCCUGGUCACUUUGUGCUGCAGCAGUGGCAGGAUCUGCAUAAGCUUGUUGUGUUAAUGGGGGAGAUGAUCCUCUAUUAUAACCAGACGUGUAAGACCAACACCACCACAGAUGUGACGAAAGGAGAUGUCUACGCUGCCAAAAUAGACAAGAACUGGCACCGUGUACAGGUGAAGGGGAUUCUGACCAAUGGAUUGGUUUCUGUCUAUGAGUUGGACCAUGGAAGACAUGAGCUGGUCCAAAGAUCUCUGCUCCAGCCCCUGAUAGAGGAGUUCAGACAGCUGCCUUUCCAGGCUAUCUCUGCACAACUGGCAGGUAUGAAGCAGCAACAGUGGACAGAGGAAGCCUCCAUGUUAUUCAGGAACCAUGUGGAGAAUCACGCACUGGUGGCCCAGGUGGAGAGUGUGCAGGACCUGUCAGAGGUCAAAGGUGAGCUGUGGGAACGCAGGCUAACAGUUUACCUGGUGGACACUACUGUGGAAUCCAGGGACCUUUGGAUUCACAGCAUCAUUGCUGACAUCAGCAGUGACUUGUCUUCAGCAGCUUAGGGUGGGUGUUGGGAAGUGAACCAUCAAGCUGACUCUGGGACUUCAUGCUGACCUCCUAAAAUUGUAUUUUUGAACCAAUAAUUGUUUUUUGAAUCUUUUCAUUUUCUAAGUAUGGGGAAAGUGCUCAGUGAAGUGGAGGCCAAAAGUCACUUUCUUUUAGGUAAUCAUUUUGAAACAACACAGCUUCAUCCCACUUUCAUUCAUCAGCAUUCCCUUUGGUCCUUCAAGUUAAGUCAUCUGUUUGUUGCAUGGUUUGUUGUGUGUGUUAUUCAAUGGUGUUUGUUCAUCUUAUUUGUUUUGUUUGUGCUUUAUGCAUGCAGUGGUGUGUCUCAUUUUACGUUUACUGUUGUGUAUAAACGUUUUGACAUUAAUAUAACCGACUUAACUGCAUCUGCAUUAAUCUACAGCUGUUAAAACACCACUGAUGGGAACACCUUGAUUAAUAUUAUCCUGUGUUAUUUGACUGAAAAGAAUAAGUUGUAAUAUUUCAAGUGUUUGUUUCAAAUUAAAAGCUGUUGACAAAGAAUUCUUCUAUUAAAACAUAUAGCCAAAGCAAGGGU